CCAAAAAAUUAUUCCAACAACAUAAGUUCAAAUUUUUACGUGGCUGUUUUAGUUUCAAGUUAAUAUAAGCGCUGCACUGACACCAUUAGUUAGACCUAACAUAAAACAUUACAAGAAAAGACAAAAUGACUAGGUUAUACAUCUUAGCAUUCAUCUCUCUACUUUCAUGUACCUUCUGCUUGGGUUGUUCAAAUCCAAAAGUAACUUCUUCAUCGUUUACUACCGUUGAUGCCACUAUAGUAACUAACAUUGCGUAUAUCUCCGAAUUUUCGGUAACAUGUGAAUCUGGUAAAGCUGGAAAUUUAUAUGCUGAAGUAGAAGGAAACAUUUCGCCGGUUUCCAUCGUAGGAAACAACAGAUAUCAAGUAAGUUGGACUGAAGAAGCCAAGACUGCCAAAUCUGGGGACAGAGUCAUCAGAUUAUUCGAUGAAGACGGUUACACCACCUACAAGAAAGCCAGUAGAUCGAAAGAAGAUACUCAAAACGUACCUGCCCUUGUUAACGUUGUCCUCUCACAUCCCGGUGCCUACAAUGGUCCUUGGUUAAAAUCCGAAUUUAUAGCUACGAUUCUUUCGCUGCUCGUCGCCUACAUCGCAGUCUCUUCCAGAGCUAAAGUUCUUUCCUAACUUUGCAAUCAAAUUUACACGUGAAUUUAUUUAUAGUUUAACUAUUUUGUAA